CUGAUUUCUGCGAGUAAAGUCGACGCGAUCAUCCGCGUACAUCUCUCUCUCCGCACGCAGUCAUGAAACUAUCAAUAAUUUUUAUUGCGGUAAUUUCAACCGCGUGGGCGCAAACGAGAAACGUAGAGAGGCCCUUUCGCGCUCCUGAAAGGCAUAUCAAGUACGACGAAAUUGAUGGCUCGCGGGUCAACUGGAAGUACAUCAUACCCGAGAACCAGUUGCGAUCGCAACUGGCGAACGUAGAGCGGUCCCAAGCCGAGGGCGGCUCGUCCCAUCGUUUUCGACAAACUCAACAAACUCAGCAAGCUCAGCAAACUCAGCAAACUCAGCAAACAGCUCCGCAACAACACGCUCCGCAGCCCCAAUCCCAGCUACUCAAGCAGACUCCGCGAUAUUACAGCUACAAGCCGUACUCCGCGGUGCCGGGUCACAUCAGGCAACUGAUCAACUCGGUCUAUCAGCCACAGGCUCCCUACGUCGAUCCCGCGUCCUUCCUCUAUGGCGGCGAAUACACGCAGCAACUGCCGCAGCAACCGCCACAGCAACCGCCGCAGCAACCAGCUCCAGCUGCUUCCGAAAUUCCUCAAGCUGCCUACCUGCAAACAGCGGCGAGAUACCAGUCGAUCGAUCCUCAAAGCUAUAACGAUAGGAUAGAGCGUCAGGAUAGAGUCGUCUACGAGGAGGAUUACGAGCAGCAGCAGCAGCAGCAGCAGCAGCAGCAGCAGCAGCAGCAGCAGGAACAACAACAAGUGGUGACGUUGCCGAUUGGAACUCUGCCCGAUCCUCCGGCACCCACGCUGUACCUGGAUAAGAAUAUGCCUACGGAGAUCAAGCAGUUGUUACAAUAUCAGGCACAGAUACCGUACGUCGUCACAGCGAAUCGCAUCCAGUAUAGGCCGAAGAGCAUCUUCAUCCCCAAACCGUUGUCCGAUAACGAGAAGGAACUUAAUUACUAUCGUAGCAAGGUUUACUAUACGGACGAUGAAAACAUCGACGCGGAAUAUUCACAGAACAAUCCGAUCGACAAGGACCAGCGUCAUUAAUUGUCUGGCCUUUAAUACGAUUAAAAAUAUAAAUAUAUUAAUAUUCUGUUUUGAUAGGCUUUUCAAAGAGAAACGGCUGGCUUAUCUCAAGACUCGCUCGAAUCGAAUUCCAUUUUCAUUGAUGGAAAUGGCUUUCAGUGUUUCUGGCGUCAUCAGGAUUUUGUUAAGAUGAGCGUCUUAUACGCCUCAAAUUAUAGCAUCGUUUAUUGACGCUUUUAUGACUAUAUGUCUUGCAUUGCCGUGUAUUUCCCAAUGAUAGUUUCUUGACAAUCGUAAGAACCAGAUGGAGUAAUUAGAAGAACUAAUUGUUUGAUUUAUAAAACUAAUGUAAAACAAUUCAUAAAAAAGAAAAAUUUAUAAUAAAAUAAUAAAUUAAAAAUGAAGAAGAAAAUGUUUAAUUGGAGUGCUAUUCGAAGAAAUAGAAAAGAAUGGAAAUUUAUCAAAAUAAUAAUAACAACCGAAUAUUCGUCAAAACAAAAAUGAUAGAAUUGGUCUAUGAGUUAAUGAUAAGAUUGGUCUCUUUUCAAUCAAUUCUUUUUAUUUUUAUUUUAAUUAAUUAUAAGAUUAUAUUCAAUUAAUUUUUCGCAUUUAUGUAAGAUAGAAAAUGUUUAACAACACGGUAGCGCGAAGAAUGUAAGUUUUUGUACGAAAUAAAUAUCGUUUCCGCU